AUAGUUCUGUAAGCUGAACAGACUUUUACAACUAAUCAUAGUAGUAAGUAAGUAACUAAGUAGCUGCUCAGAAGAAGAUUCUAAUAUGUUUGGUGAGAAAAUGCACCAGAUCCUGUCGGACUAUCAGUGUGAAUGGAAGAUCGUUGCUAUCUCAGCAUGCCUUUUGGCUGCAUCGGUUUAUGGACUUGAUUGGAAAAAGAAGAGACAUUUGCUCAGCAAGAUACAACAGGAGAGAAGGAGAAGGAAUCAGAGUGUGAGGAUAAUGAGAGAAGCAGUCGAGAAAUUCAUCAAACAGAAUCCAGAAGUAGAUCGCAGACAGAUCCUAAGUUUAUCAUUGCCAGAACUUUGUGAAAAAAUCAAAGAUGGAUCCAUUUCUCCAGAAGGCGCCCUGUACUCCUAUGCUGAAAAGGCUCUAGAAGUGAACGAGGAGCUAAAUUGUGUGACGGUCUUUAUAUCUGAUUGUGAAGCUCAGCUCCGGGAACAUAAAAAGCAAGAAAAUAAAGGUGUUUUGUACGGUAUCCCGGUCUCCAUAAAGGAGCACAUUGGUUACAAGGGACAUCCUUCCACGUGUGGCCUCGUUCAGUAUCUUGAUGAGCUUGAGACAGAGGACAGCGUCAUUGUUAAAGUCCUGAAGAAGCAAGGAGCUGUUGUGUUUGCAAAAACUAAUGUCCCACAGUCUUUGAUAUGCUGUGAGACCAGCAACCCAAUAUAUGGGUUAACUCGUAAUCCACACAAUCAAUCCAAAGGAGCAUCUGGCUCUUCUGGUGGAGAGGGAGCACUUAUUGGUGGAGGAGGCUCAGUUUUAGGUUUUGGAACAGACCUUGGAGGAAGUAUUCGUCUUCCUGCCAGCUUCUGUGGAAUAUCAGGAUUCAAACCAACUCCAAACAGACUGAGCAUUCAUGGAGUGCGUCCCUGCAUUGAUGGACUACUAUCAGUGCAACUAUGCGUUGGACCAAUGGCAAGAGACGUGGAUAGCCUGGUCCUCUGUAUGAAGGCCCUGCUGUGUGAUGAGAUGUUCAAGCUUGACCCAAAUGUGCCACCUAUUCCUUUCAAUGAUGAGGUAUAUUCAACUUCCAAACCUCUUCGUGUGGGAUAUUAUGAAAGUGAUGGCUUUACAAUGCCAAACCCUGGAAUGAGAAAAGCGUUGCUGGAGACCAAAAAACUCCUUGAAAAAGCAGGUCACACGCUGGUUCCAUUCACGCCUCCCCGGAUAGAGUAUGCAAAACUUGAACUCUUUUACAAAGCCGUGUUAGGUGACGGGGGAAAAACAUUACAAGAGAAACUCAAAAAUAACAUCAGUGACCCAAACCUUAAAGACUUAAAGAUGAAUGUCAACACUUCUUCAGUCUGGAAGAAGAUUCUCUCCUUUGUUCUGAGGCCUCUGUAUCCAAGAAUGGCUCGGUUCCUGAAUUCUUCACGAGGUGCGAGCUCGGUGAAGGAGCACUGGAAGCAUCACACGGCAGUGCAGGAAUACCAGAGAGAAUUCAUUGCGGAGUGGAGAAAGAUGAAUUUAGAUGUGUUACUGUGUCCGAUGUUGGGGCCGGCUUAUAACAUAGGCUAUGCUGGAAAACUCUUAGUCACUAUUUCCUACACAAUGCUGUUCAACGUCUUACAGUUCCCAGCUGGCGCUGUAACCGUGUCUUCUGUCUCCGAGAAAGAUGAAGAGGAACUGAAGGGUUAUGAAGGAUACUAUAAUGAUCCUUGGGACAAACUCUUUAAGAAGGCUGUAGAAGGAGCUGUAGGACUCCCUCUGUCUGUUCAGUGUGUGGCUUUACCCCAUCAGGAUGAACUCUGCCUGCGCUUCAUGAAGGAGGUAGAGACUGUCCACAGACAGAACAAGAAAAAGUAGUGAAGCCAUUCAUACUUUUACUUCUUCAUCUAAAGACGGCUCUGGAGAGACCACUAAGGCGUCCUUCUGGAUUUUCCACUUCAGUGCUCGCUUUCCGAACACAGCAAAGACUACAUUUCCCAUCUAUAUCUGCUCUGGGAAAUGAUGAAGUGUGCUAAAAGAUGUAUUAAAUAUAUCUGUGUCCAUGUGCUUUGUUUUCUACCCAAAUUCCAUUUUGGGUAAACUGACUUAUUUGGGCAAAUGAAACAUCACUUUUUA